AUGGACCCUGGGUGGGGAGUCCAAGGGACAGCCUUUCUUGGAUAUUGGUUGGCACCUACUACUAGUAUCAGGCCAAGGAAGAAAAAGAUUGAUGCAAUCCUUCAACUUGAGACGCCCAAAGAUGUCAAAGAACUUUGUUGCUUCCUUGGAGAUGUCUCCUUUUACAGAGACAGAUUCCCACAGUGCCAUCCUUUCCUAGCUCCAUUGUACAACCUGACAUCAACAAAAACAAACUCUUUUGCUUGGACUACAGAAUGCCAACAUGCCUUUGAUGUCAUCAAGGGCGUCUUGGCUCGGGAUUCUUUGUUUGUCCACCACAAUGCCCCGUUUCUUGUCUUCCAAGCAGAUGCUAGAGCUAGGGAGACACAAUGUGGUGCUGUCAUUGUUGUGCCAAAAGGCAAGAAGCAUUGCAGAAAAGACCUACCUCCAAGAAUGUGGCUGCUGUUGCAGGGGAGUGCUCUCGUCCUCGGCCCCACAAGAAUGGUAUCGGCAACCCUUCCCCUCUGGCUGGAAUGGUCUAUUCUCAUGAGAAUGAGGAGAAAACGAAUGAAGCCAUGGUCAAUGGAUCUCUAUCAAGCAGGAAUUCAUAGGAUUAACAAAGUCGCACAGACGCGCCAAAUUCAGUUCACACAUUGCACAGACGCGCCAAUGUUACGACCGAAUCAAUCUAGGAGAAAACAUCUAGAUGGAAUGACCAAACUUUGCAGUGAGUGUCAACUGGUAGACCCCAUCAUGAACAAACGUUUCUUUGCGGAUGAUGUCCAGGACGUCCAAUCUGCAUGCAACGCAACAGCUGCACAGCACUGGCAGCUCAAGGUACAUCUGGUUUCACACUAUGGUGUGCUUUCCCUUACUUCCUUUUGA